AUCCUCAGUUUGCCGGACAGUUUGAGCCUGCACAGGAACCAGCAGCGCUCGAAUAAAGCAGGAGACGCCUACAGUCAGUCCGAGCAGCGUACUAUCGAGCAGUCCCUGCUGGCCACGCGCGUGGGGAGCAUCGCUGAGCUCAGUGAUUUAGUGUCCAGAGCCAUGCAUCACCUUCAGCCUCUGAGCGUAAAGAACCACAGCAACGGCACUCCAGUUCCUCAGAAGAGCAGCCUGAUCCACUGGGAGCCCGAGGCUUUAUAUACGCUCUGCUACUUCAUGCACUGCCCUCAGAUGGAGUGGGAGAACCCCAACGUAGAGCCGUCCAAAGUCACCUUACAGACCGAGAGGCCAUUUCUUGUACUGCCUCCUCUGAUGGAGUGGAUCAGAGUAGCUUUGGCACAUGCGGAGCACCGCCGCAGCUUUUCAGUGGAUAGCGAUGAUGUUCGGCAGGCGGCCAGGCUCCUGCUGCCCGGGGUGGAUUGUGAACCCCGCCAGCUGAAGACCGAUGACUGUUUCUGCGUGUCACGUAAGCUGGAUGCUGCCUCUACGGAGGCCAAAUUCCUGCAGGACCUGGGCUUCCGCAUGCUCAACUGUGGCCGCACUGACCUUGUCAACCAGGCCAUCAACUUACUAGGACCCGGUGGAAUCAACAGCAUGAGUGAACAGGGCAUGACCCCUCUGAUGUACGCAUGUGUUCGUGGUGACGAAGCCAUGGUUCAGAUGCUGCUAGACGCAGGAGCCGACAUCAACAGCGAGGUGCCAAACACAGUGCAAAAGUACCCCUCAGUCUUCCCAGAGACCCGGCAGGCCACGCCUCUCACCUUCGCCGUACUUCACCAGCACAUCCCCGUGGUGCAGUUGCUUCUAGACGCUGGAGCUAAUGUGGAGGGCUCUCUGCAGGACGGGAUGGAGAACUACACUGAGACGCCUUUGCAGUUAGCUGCCGCUGCAGGGAACUUUGAGCUGGUCAGUCUGCUUUUGGAGAGAGGAGCGGACCCCAUGGUUGGGACCAUGUACCGCAACGGCAUCUCUACGGCACCGCACGGGGACAUGAACUCCUACAGCCUGGCUGCAGCACACGGACAUAGGAACGUGUUCUGCAAGCUUCUGUCGCAGUCGGAAAAGGGGAAGGCAGAUGUUCUGUCUCUACAGGAGAUCUUGGCUGAGGGAUCAGAGAUGGAAGAGAGGAACUCCCUGAAGAUGGAAGCAACACGCACGGGGAAGGCCAAACUCAAAGCUCUGAGAGAGGCGAUGUAUCACAGCUCUGAACACGGCUAUGUCGACAUCACAUUGGACAUCAGAAGUCUAGGGGUGCCCUGGACGCUGCACACCUGGCAGGAGUCCCUCCGAACCUGUUUCCUGCAGCACCGGCGGCCGCUGAUCCAGGGUCUGCUGAAAGAGUUCAGCUCUAUUGAAGAGGAGGAGUACACAGAGGAACUCAUAACACACGGCCUCCCACUCAUGUUCCAGAUCCUGCGCGCCAGCAAGAAUGAAGUGAUUAGUCAGCAGCUGGCAAUGAUAUUUACCCAGUGCUACGGACCGUAUCCGAUCCCCAAACUUACAGAGAUCAAGAGGAAACAGACGUCAAGACUGGAUCCUCAUUUUCUAAACAACAAGGAGAUGUCAGAUGUGACCUUCCUGGUGGAAGGAAAGCCAUUCUACGCUCACAAAGUUUUGCUCUUCACCGCCUCCAACAGGUUUAAACUACUUCUGGCAAACAGACCAGCUGCUGAAAACACCUGUAUUGAAAUCAGCCAUGUCAAAUACAAUGUAUUUCAGCUGGUGAUGCAGUAUCUGUACUGUGGUGGAACGGAUGCACUUCACAUCAGAAACACUGAGGUCAUGGAUCUCCUCUCUGCAUCUAAGUUUUUCCAGCUGGAGGCUUUACAGAGACACUGUGAGAUCAUCUGCGCCAAGAACAUCAACACCGAAACUUGUGUGGAGAUCUAUAACCAUGCUAAAUUCUUGGAGGCACCUGAGCUGUCCACCUACAUCGAGGGCUACUUUCUGAAGAACAUGGCAGUUCUCAUAGAGCUUGAGCCAUUUAAACAGUUGCUCUAUAACACCCCAGUGGAGAACUGCUGCCCCGAUGUGUUGCAUGACCUGGAGAAGACGCUGGCCACGCGCAUUCGCUCCAUUCAUCUGUCCUCCUCGAAAGGAUCCAUCGUCUAAAACUGCCUCCAGACUUCAUCAAAGCAUGCUGAGAUCCUAACACGUGCACUUCCUCCAGGACUUUAGCGGUGCGGUGUAAAUGUGUUCAUUCAGUGGCAGUAGCAAUGCACUCGUAGUUCUCCAUCUAGGACUGUGGUGAUCUCUUCUCAACAGACUCGAUCUGUGCUUUAGAUAACAGCCAUAAAGGAAACAAUGCCAUUUUCAAUUUCGUCUCCAACCAGAAUAACACCUGUGACAGAUAAUGGUUUUCUUAGAUGCAGUACCUCUACUAACCUAAGAAUAUUGCAAUUCCAGUAACUCAUUUUGAAGAAGUAUGAGAAUGUGAUGUGACCCAAAAAACAACAACGUUGAGAUCGAUCUACAGCAAGCAGGUCAUGCUUUUUUUGGUGCUUCGUGGCUUAGAAGUACAAGGAGUUAGUCCUCUGGAAUAGAAAAAAACUCAAUCAUUGUCAGCACUGAUUAUAGAUGUUACUAAAUAUGCUUCCUAGAUUUGUAUUUUCGAGCAUUGAGAUGAUGCUUCUUAACAGUUGUACAGAUAUUGCUCUUGUUAUCAGUAACCAUAUGUUUAAAAUGUGGGCAGAGAAUGUGGCUGCCAGUGUAAAUACUGAUGGAAAUCUCUCAUAUGGAGUAGUUUGAUCUCCAGCUGUAAGUAGAUGUAUAUAAGAUGUCACCAUCUUAAGACUUCCAUCAAGAACUCACAAUAAUGUAUUAUAGAAGUGUUCUUGAAGUCUUGUUGACUGUUGUAAAUGUAGAUGAGCAUGUAAGUAUUUUCAUGCUUGGGUUUUGUUGCUGUCGUCACGUCUUGCAUUGACUUUACACUCUUCUGUGUGUGUGUGUGUGCGGGGGUCUGUUUUGUCUGGGAAAAUGAACUAUUAUCAGCAUGGACUUGCAGAAUUGUAGCUGUGAAUCCCCGGACUGAAACGACUGAUUCAGAAUGUGCCUGCAAUAUGUUCUGAUGUGCUGUGUCUCUAAUGACAUUUGUGUCACUCGAUGACUAAAUCAGUGUUCUUUAUAAAGAUUACUACAAAAUA